AACAUUUUCGUGGCGACUGACUUCCUAACGGGACAAUAUGACUCCGCCGAGAGAGAGAGAAACAAACAUCUGAACCAAGUGGGAAAUAAACUCACCGAGUGAAGUUCGACGCGUGUGGACCAUUCUGAACAAGUUCACGAUCUCGAUUGGGACGACCGCAGCCCAGUUUAAAAGGCUUUUUGUAUAGUUGAGGAAUAUUCAGAUUGAUAGCUUCACCCCCCCCCCCCCGUAAUGGGAAGCUUGUCAUAGAAGUGCGAGCGAUGCGUUGUCUUGCUGUCUCGGUGCAGGAUCUCGUUGCACGAAAACAUAUUUUGGACGCGUCUUCACCGGUUCUGGCGGCACACAUCGGAAUAGUUGUCCACAAUACGACUCGUUGACUUCUUUUUCAAAGUGAUCCAAAACGGAGAUUUAAGAGAAAGGUGUUUUCAGUGAAGUCCAAUGGCAGAGGAAUAUGAGCAGUGCAGUGCGUCAGAGUUUGUCAAGGACCGGCUGUACUUUGUCACUCUUCGUGUCAAACCAAAGAAUACGUCCAACACACACUAUUUUAGCACCGAUGAAGAGUUCCUCUAUGAGAGCUUCUAUGCCGACUUCGGACCCCUCAACCUGGCCAUGCUGUACAGGUACUGCUGCAAACUCAACAAGAAACUCAAAUCAUUCACGAUGUCCAGAAAGAAAUUAGUCCACUACACCAGUUAUGACCAGAAAAAGAGAGCUAAUGCUGCUGUCCUCAUUGGUGCCUAUGCUGUAAUCUAUUUGAAGAGGAGUCCAGAAGAGAUCUACAGGACACUUAUCUCAGGAAACAGCCCAGCUUACCUGCCUUUCAGAGAUGCAGCAGUGGGGGAGUGCUCCUAUAACCUUACCAUCCUCGACUGCCUACAGGGAAUACGUAAGGCAUUACAAUACAGCUUUCUGUACUUUGAAAGCUUUGACGUGGAGGAAUACGAACAUUAUGAGCGGGUGGAAAACGGGGAUAUGAACUGGAUCAUUCCCGGAAAGAUCCUGGCGUUCAGUGGCCCGCAUCCACGCAGUAAAAUAGAGAGCGGCUAUCCUCUUCAUGCUCCAGAGGCGUACUUCCCAUACUUUCAUCAAAACAACGUGACGGCUGUGGUCCGUCUAAACAGGAAGCUGUAUGAUGGCAGGCGGUUCGAGGAUGCAGGAUUCCAGCACCACGACCUCUUCUUCCUAGAUGGGACCACGCCCUCUGACAUCAUCAUCAGACGCUUCCUGCACGUGUGUGAGACAGCUGAAGGAGCCGUGGCCGUGCACUGUAAAGCCGGUCUCGGCCGUACCGGGACUUUGAUUGGUUGCUACCUGAUGAAACACUUCCGCUUCACGGCGGCUGAGGCCAUCGCCUGGAUCAGAAUCUGUCGGCCCGGGUCGAUCAUCGGACCCCAGCAGAACUUCCUGGAAGAGAAGCAGCACAGUCUGUGGGUUCAGGGCGACGUCCACCGGUCCAGACAGAAAGUCCUGCAGCAGAGAGUGAGCCGCCGACAGCACCUACAACAGCAGCGACAGCACAGUUCCUCCUUCGAGGGGGCGAAGCAGGAAGUGAUGUCAUGCCUACUCUCCAGCAUGGAUGACCUGUCAAUCAACACCACGCUCUAUAAAUCAUACAGCCUUGAUGAGAAUAACUGUAGGGAAACAUGUCUAACUCAAGGAGACAAGCUCAGAGCGCUGAAAGGUCAACGCCCAUCAAGAUCUUCCUCUUCCUCAAGAUGUAACAUGUUGAAGCCCAGCGCCGGCUCCAUCCUUCCUCCCCCCAAGUCCUCCAGAGUCCCUCUCUCCCUCCAUUCUUCUUCCUCCAAGAGGCUGAUACGAAGCUCCUCCUCCUCAGCUGUUCACCUCAAGGGCCCUUUCAGUCUCAGUAUGUUCAGCACCAAGCCGGCUGUGAUUGGCUGAUGCCCCGGUAAUGAUGUCAUGACAUUUUAAAACCAGGAAGUGGGAAAUAGGUUUAAGCUGCCUGCUGAGCUGACAACUAGCAGGCAGAGUCUAUUAAAAACCUUGAGAGCCUGACACGGCACCAGCAAUUACCAGCGCUCAUUUAUUUAAGUAUGGAAAUCAUUUCUUUUGGUUUCGUCUCAUUGCUUGCCGCUGUACUGGCCUUAUUCAUCGUUCUGGCCUUGGCAAAUGCAUGGUUUUAAAAGUUAUUUUAAUCUAUGUUGCAACAGAGUUUAUGUUACUCUUGGAUCCCACAACAUGACUGAGACCUUUUCUUGGGUCCGAAACACUUGGUUUAAAUAUUUGGUUUAAGGUCACUUUCACACCGAAUGGUCCAUUUUCUAAGUUCGAACCCUUUGUGAUGUUGGUAUUUUUUAACCUUUUUCAGUUGGUCCGGUUUGCUUUUCCAUUAUUAAAAUUAAGCGAACCUCAUUUUGUAAACCCAAAUCAUGCAAUGUCAUCCAUUUCAUGGUCAGGGUGUUAAUGGGGAAAGGAAAAAUGAAAAAUACCUACACGUAGUACCCUCACAACUGAAAAUCCUGGGUCUGUUCUUUGCAUCUCUGGCAGUUAUUCUCAUUUGAUAUGUUAGAGGAGCAUUCAUGAAGAUGAAUGGAAAGCAUCUUAAGAUCUGUAGCCCACAUAACUGUAGUACAUUCCCAUGAAGAUGUUGCUGUCAAGUUUCAACACAAGCGCAAGACGGCUGGAAAUGUUUUGACCAAAUUAACUUUUUCCAUAAAAGAAAAAUUUUGCAAUCCUGCAGUCGGUUAGAAACGCUUGAGUCCAUGUAGCCUACAGAUGGUGCAUUAUAUUUUGAAGUUACUUAUAAAUAAAGCUGAUUACAAAUGGCGAAAUAGCAACCAAAAAGCACUUCAGUGGUUGCAGUAAAGUUUUUAAACCUGCUUUACAAAAGUUGAAAAGUCGAUAUUUUAAUAACAGUGAUAAUAGUAGUUUGAGUCAACCGAGCUAAACAUGGCGGCUGUGAAAGUGACCAAAGAAACACUAGUGGACGAGGGGGGGGGGGUGAAUCAUGGACACUUAUUUGUCAUCAGUAUUCAGGCGCUUUUGUAACUUUUAAUGUUGCGUUCUCAGUUCCAUCCAUGUUAAACUGUGUAACUAUGUUAAAACAUGUCAACAGAUUCUGUUGCCUACCAUUACGAGGCUCGCCGGUUCAAAUCCCCCUCUCACCUCCGGUGGUCAGGUGUCCCUACAGGCACAAUUGGCCGUGUCUGCAGGUGGGAAGCUGGAUGUGGGUAUGUGUCCUGGUCGCUGCACUAGCACCUCCUCUGGUCAGUCAGGGUGCCUGUUUGGGGGGAGGGGUAACUAGGGGGAACAGCGUGAUCCUCCCACGUGUUACGUCCCCCUGGCGAAACUCCUCACUGUCAGGUGAAAAGAAGCGACUGGCGACUCCACAUGUAUCGGAGGAGGCAUGUGGUAGUCUGCAGCCCUCCCCGGAUCGGCAGAGGGGGUGGAGCAGCGACCGGAACGGCUGGGAAAAUUGGGUAAUUGGCCAAGUACAAUUGGGGAGAAAAAGGGGGGGGGGCAUGUCAACAGGAAAGUGGACCAAGUUAAAAUGUCUUGAUAAAAGUCCAGGGAGUGGGGCUGGAAAGAAAGCUAUGGGCACACCCCUCUCACUACUGCAAUUGCACUUUACAUAUCAUUAUAAGUAUGUUACAGUAUAUUCAUAUUUCAAGUAUUACUUGUUUGAACUAUGCAAAUAGCCUCAACUUCUAUGUAAAGAGGAGAUUUUAAGAGAAUAUUUUAAUGCAAAAAAACAUAUAUAUCGUCCAGUUGAGCGAGGAGCACCUGCUGAGUGGCAGGGGGACAGGGAGUGCAAGCUUUUAUCAAUGGACUACACCAAGGUAAACUUUAUAGCAGACUUCUCAUUUCUGAAUAUGUAUAUUUUUCUUCUUCCAAGUGUGAAUGCUUAUCUUUCUAUGCUUCUGUUCAAUCAAUUUCAUGAAGUACUUCAAUUAUUAUUAAAAACACGCCACGCUUUGUCUGUAAGCGUUUUUGCAGGUUAUGUCAAUAACCUAUGUGCUAUGUGAAUGUGUAGCUAGAUCAAUUUAUUCACCCGGUCUGAGAAGAUGUUGCACCAGAGAUUGCUAUUUUUGAAAUAAAGGUGUCUGAUGGCAAACCGAAUUACCUGCCUAACA